AAAAGGCGUUUAAAGGGAUAAACGUUGAGAUAAACAAUGAUUUGUCAACAACUAAGACAUGACUUUUGAUUGAUCCAAAUCAGUAACAAAUUGAUUAUUAUUAUUAUAUUAUUAGCAUUUUAUCAAAAAGAUAAUCUGCUUUUAAUUGAUGUCAAUUAACAAUGUUUUGUGUCAAAUGAUUUGAUUUGUAACUAAAUGCCCAUAAAUUCAAUAACAAAUUUGGUUGGAAGUGAUUGAAGAUAAUCUUGUGGAGAGAUGGCAGACAAAGACUAUUCACCAUUGAGUAGUGCAUGUGUUCGGGCAUUGAAUGACAAACUGUAUGACAAACGCAAAGCCGCCGCUCUUGAGAUCGAAAAAAUGGCCAGAGAUUUCAAUAAUAUUAAGAAUGAAACACAACUAAAGAAAUUGUUGAAAGUCUUGGGUCAAGACUUUACUUUAUCUAAUAAUCCAAAUUCAAGGAAAGGAGGUCUUAUAGGGUUAGCUGCGAUGGCCAUUGCGUUGGGCAAAGAGUCUCAGCCGUAUAUCGAGGAAAUGUUACGACCGAUGCUUUCAUGUUUUUCAGACCAAGACUCACGUGUCCGAUAUUAUGCCUGUGAAGCGCUGUAUAAUGUGGUUAAAGUCAGUCGAUGUGAUGUUUUGCCACUUUUUAAUGAAGUAUUUGACUCUUUGUGCAAAUUAGCAGCUGAUCCCGACCAGAAUGUCAAGAGUGGUGCCGAACUAUUAGACAGACUCAUGAAAGAUAUUGUCACUGAGAGCCCAACAUUUAAUUUGAUUGAAUUAAUAGAUUUAAUUAGAGACAGAAUUCAUGGUACAAAUCAAUUUUCUCGUCAGUUUAUAAUCUCAUGGAUUGCUUUACUUGAUUCGGUUCCCGACUUUGAUAUGAUAGUCUUUUUGCCUAAACUUCUCGAUGGUUUGUUUCAUAUACUAUCAGAUCCGACACCAGAAAUCAAUAGAACAACUGAGAACGUGAUGGCAGAGUUCUUGUUUAAAAUAAUUCAAAAUCCAUCCAAAGUUGACUUUCCUUCAAUGAUCAAUAUCCUAACUAUCCAUUCGCAGGUCAAAGAUGAACCAUUAGUUCAAUACACUGCUCUUACAUGGCUUAAAGAGUUCAUUAAUUUGGCCAAUAGUCGAGAUUUAUUGCCAUUUUCAGCCAGCAUUUUGACAGCAAUUCUUCCUUGUCUAACAUCAACUUCAGAUUAUGGCGACGAUUUUGAAGACAAGAAUAAGAGCACAACUAAUAUAAACAUUAGAGAAGUGGCAAAAGUUUUGAACUAUAGUCUCAUGCAAUUAGUGACACUUCAAGAUAAUCAACACGAAGAUGGUUUGAGUCCCACUCAUGCCAUUAACAAUGAAUCACAUAAUACUAAUGUAUCAGAUUUGGUACAGAACUCAUUGGAUCUGACGAGUGUUUUGGAGAUAUUAGUCAGAGAACUAAAGUUAGGAGAAAAUGCUUCGACUUUAAGCAAAUUAGCUGUUCUUCGAUGGAUUCUUCAUCUGUAUUCUAAAGUACCACAAAAGAUUGUCACACACUUAGAGAGCGAACUAUUUCCAGGUCUUCUUAAAACACUAUCGGAUAAGUCAGAUGAAGUGGUUUUAAUGGAUCUGAAAGUUUUGGCUCAAAUAUUUUCUGCGCCAACAGUAUCAUCAAAUUCGGUCAACAAUAUAAUGGAUAAUACCUCGUAUUUUAAUAAAUUUAUGAGAGAAUUAUUGAAAUUAUUUCACAAGAAUAGCUCAGUUCUUGAAGAAAGAGGAUCUUUCAUUAUAAGACAACUCUGUCAGCUCAUGACAGCUGAAGAUAUAUACAGAUCAAUGUCUGAAAUACUUUUAAAUUAUGAAGAUCUUCGUUUUGCGUAUACAAUUGUUCAAACAUUGAAUACUAUUUUGCUGACUUCAAGUGAACUGUUUGAGCUCAGGAACCAAUUGAAACAUUUAAAAACUGAUGAAAGCUGUGCUUUAUUUUGUUGUCUGUAUAGGACGUGGUGUCACUCACCAAUAGCUACUGUCUCUCUUUGUUUUCUUACCAAAAACUACAAACAUGCCAGUGAUUUGUUGUUACUAUUUGGUGAUCUUAAUCUGACUCUUGAGUUUCUUACAGAACUCGACCAAAUGGUACAACUGCUGGAAUCGCCUAUAUUUGCAUAUUUACGACUAGAUUUAUUAGAUGUUGAAAACAAUUGGGAUCUAAUAAAGAGUUUGUACGGACUUUUGAUGCUUUUACCUCAAAGCGAUGCCUUUGAUUUGUUACGCAAACGUCUACAAUGUGUCCCCAAUUUUAGACUUACUUCUUCAUCAUCUGAUUCGCAAAAGAAAAAUAAGACCAAAAGUAGUCCAAUGCAACCAAAUAUGGAUUUUAAAGAACUUCUUCGACACUUCCAUUUAGUACAACAAAAGCAUCAAAACUGGAGUCGAAAUUCUGAGACAUUAAAUAGAAUUAACGACAGAUCUUAUAAUGUAUAA